AUGUCCGAAUCUAAUGAAGGUGAUUCUCGGUCAAAAAUUAAAGCGCGUCUUUUAACAUACAAUCUUUUUUUAAGACCUCCACUCAUCAAAAAUAAUAUCAGUGACUAUAAAGAAGCCAGACUCGAGUAUUUUAUUGAUAAUGUAUUAGAUAAUUAUGAUAUAAUAUGUUUAGAAGAGAUGUUUAGCUUUGGAAGCAGUCGUCGUACUCGACUAUUGGAAGCUGCUGAGAAAGCAGGGUUCAAAUAUUCUUUGACCUUACCUUGUAAUGCCGCAUUCAAAUUAGCAAUUGAUGGUGGGUUAGUCUUGUUGAGUAGGUUCCCCAUUAUAGAAAGCAAUACAAUGAUCUAUCCAAGUGGUGUUUAUAGUGAUAGAUUUUCUAAUAAAGGAGCGUUAUAUGCAAAAAUCGAAUUGUCACCAAAAGAUGUCAUUCAUCUUUUUAUGACUCAUACUCAAGCUUCUUACAUUUCAGCGCCACCUUUAACAGAAAAAUCUGUAAUCACUCGUCAGGAGCAAUUAUUUCACUUCCGUAAAUUCAUUGAUAAAUGUACUUUAAACGAUCAUCUCGAAGAGCCAAUUAUUUUAGUUGGUGAUUUAAAUGUUAAUUCACGCCCUCGGCCCAAUUCUCCUGAUAUUAAUGGAGAUACCGCUGAAUAUUUAAAUAUGAUUAAAAUCUUAAGUGGUGAAGGCAUUGAAGCCAAUCAAAUUGAUAAAUCAGCAUCUCUUGAUGAACGUUUAUAUAAUAAUUCCAAGAUAGUCAAGAUAAUAGAUACUCUCAAAGAACGGUAUGGAAAUCAUCCAAUUACGUUUGGAGAUGUAAUUCUCGAUGACAAUGGUACUAUAAUCCCAAGAGAAACGGUUUUAACGGGAAAAGAUGAUUUACUAUCUCAAGCUAGUUUGGAUUAUAUUUUACUGUUAGGUGAUCAAUCAAAGCAACGAAUAUGGGUUGAUAUUCCAAGGACUCGCGUUGAGGAGUUCUUCGUUAAUAACGCUUCAAGUUAUCCGUUCAGUCAAUUAUCUGGUAUGUAA